AUUUAGACGGAAACUGUUUGGAUUGCAGUGUUGGACUAUGCGUACUUUGUUGUAAAAACACAGCAUACAAUGUGUAGAUAUGACUUUUUUGCUGCAGUAUGUGCCUUAUUUUUUAGAAAAAUACUGAACAUAUUAUCUUAAUUGUCACUUCCGGUUAAAGUGACAAAAAUAAUGAGCCCACGAAUCUAUUAUUCCCAAUGGAGUGUGGUUUAUCAGUGGAAAAGUAAAUAAAGUCAAGUCAAACUUUAUUUCUACAGCACAUUUAAAAGAACGUGGAUGAACUAAAAUACUCCACCAGCCAAGCAAGCAUCUCAGUAUGCAGAUACUUGACGUGAUGGGGUUAUGUAGUUAUGCCAUACGUCCACUAGAGGGAGAUAUAGACCACGGGACUGUUAAAUCUUCAUCCGGUUGGUCGGGACUCCUCCCAGAGAGGACGUCGUUCCCACCCGAGUGAAACAAAGAGAUUAGACGGUGAGAGAGGAGAUCACGACAAGCUUUUUGUGACUGCACUGUCUUCGGACAUAUUCGUCUAUUCUAUUUUGGAUAUCUCUUUUCGGACGGUAUUGGGCCCUCCUUUCUUCGUGCCUUAUACGUGGAUGUAUGGAAUGAUGCAUGCUGCGGGAAGAUGGAGCUCAGUGCGGAUGUUUGUGCUCUUCGUGCUGCUGGAGUGUUACUGGGAAGCGGUGUGCGGCCAGCUCUCUUACUCCGUGGCGGAGGAGGUGAAGGUGGGCACCGUGGUGGGAAAUGUUGCUAAGGAUUUGAGCCUCAACGUCCACGAUUUGGAGUCCCGCAUGUUUCAGAUCGUUGCGGGGGGCAGGAGGAAAUAUGUGGAGGUAAACCUAAAGACUGGGGUCCUCUACGUGAAUGAGAGAAUAGAUCGAGAGGAACUGUGUGGAGACCAAGCCAAAUGUUCACUCGGUGUGGAGGCAGUGAUUAAUAAUCCUUUAAAACUGUACCGGAUUGAAAUUAUAAUAUUGGAUGUAAAUGACAAUUAUCCUUCGUUUUCUAAGCAUGUUCAGGUGUUAAAUAUUAGUGAGAUCACAACAGCAGCAGGAGCUAAAUUCCCUCUGCAUGCAGCUAAUGACGCAGACGUUGGUAAAAAUACAAUAAAUUCAUACAAGCUGAAUCAAAAUGAAUAUUUUUCUCUUGAAGCACAGAAAGGAGAAACACCAGAAUUAGUGCUUCAGAGGCCUUUAGACCGAGAAAAACAGCCCACUAUCACACUCACAUUGACUGCUAUUGAUGGAGGAACACCAGCUAAAUCAGGCACUAUGACUAUUGUUGUUAAUGUAUUGGAUAUUAAUGACAAUGCUCCUGUAUUUAGCAAAAGUCUGUACAAAGCUACCAUAUAUGAGAAUAUUAAAAUUGGCACAUCGAUAAUAACACUAAAUGCUACUGAUUUAGAUGCAGGACCAAACGGACACGUGUUCUAUUCUUUCAGUGAAGGAGGAAAAGAGAAACAAACAAACAUGUUUUCUAUUGAUGAAAAAACUGGAACAGUAACAAACAAACAAAGUAUUGACUUUGAAGAAACCAAUGCAUUUGAGCUAAGAGUACAAGCUAGUGAUGGGGGUUAUAAUCCCCUAACCUCUCAUACCAAAUUAUUAAUAGAAGUUUUAGAUGUCAAUGACAACGCCCCUGAAAUUACAGUGACAUCAUUGUUAAACACAGUGAAAGAAGAUGCAAGUAUUGGCACCGCCAUUGCAAUCGUCUCUGUGUUGGACAAAGAUGGAGGUAAAAAUGGUCUGGUGCACAGUAAAAUUAACAACAAUGUGCCUUUUAAACUCGAGUCCAAUUAUAAGAAUUCCUAUUCUUUAGUUGUCGAUGGUCCUCUUGACAGAGAGAGUGUAUCUAUGUACAAUAUCAGCAUCACUGCAACCGAUGAAGGAAGCCCACCUCUGUCCAGCACCAGUGUAGUUUAUGUUCAUGUUUCUGAUGUUAAUGACAACCCCCCUCGCUUCCCAGAGGCCCCCAUUAAUGUUUACAUUAAAGAAAAUAGCCCCCCUGGAGAAUUAAUUCAUAGAGUGACUGCAGUAGAUGACGACAUUGAUGAAAAUGGCCGAAUAAGUUACUCCUUUGUACAAAGUAGCACCGACUCCAUGCCGCUAACUACAAUGAUCAACAUCAACUCCGAGACUGGAGAUAUAGUCAGCUUGCAGUCCUUUGACUACGAGAAGCUAAAGACCUUCCGGUUCAAAGUCCAGGCCACAGACUCCGGUGUUCCUGCACUCAGCAGCAACGUCACCGUGAACGUUUUCAUCCUGGAUGAGAACGACAACAGUCCCACCAUCCUGGCGCCCUAUUCCGAGCACAGCUCCGUUAACAGCGAGAGCAUCCCCUAUUCUGCCGAAGCGGGAUACUUUGUGGCAAAGAUCAGGGCUGUAGAUGCAGACUCUGGAUACAAUGCACUGCUCUCCUAUCACCUGUCUGAGCCCAAAGGCAACAACAACCUCUUCCGGAUGGGAACCAGCACCGGGGAGAUCCGCACCAAGAGGAGAAUGAGUGACAAUGACCUGAAAAGUCACCCCUUGGUGGUGUUGGUUUGUGAUCAUGGAGAAGCCUCCCUGUCAGCUACUGUGUCUAUUGAUGUGGUGGUGCUUGAAAGCACAGCUGACAUCCACACUCCGUUCAGACAUGUGCCCAUGAAGGAGGAGACCUUCUCGGAUUUACACUUGUAUCUCCUCAUCGCCAUUGUGGCCGUGUCCCUCAUCUUUCUGCUCAGCCUCAUCACCUUAGUAGCCGUCAGAUGCCACAGACAGACAGACGGCACUUUGGGCAGGUACGGGGCCCCGAUGAUCACCACCCAUCCUGACGGGAGCUGGUCUUACUCCAAAGCUACUCAGCAGUAUGACGUGUGUUUCAGCUCAGACACGCUCAAGAGCGAUGUGGUGGUUUUCCCGGCACCUUUUCCACCCGUAGAUGCUGAACUGAUCAGUAUUAACGGAGGAGACACCUUUACCAGGACUCAGACUUUACCCAAUACCGACAAGGUGAGUCCAUACCCUCUUCCUUGCUAUGGCCUAUUAACACAUCACCAAUAGAUGCGUGUGUAUU